AUGGUUACUUCGACUCUCUAUUAUGCACAAGCUAAUGGGCAAGUAGAAGCAGCGCAUAAGAUAUUGAUAGGCUUGAUUAAAAAACAUAUCGAGAAUAGGCCUCGAACAUGGCAUGAGAUUUUAAGUCAAGUAUUAUGGGCUUAUCGAAACUCACCAAGAGGUUCGACAGGGACGUCACCUUAUAAAUUAGUAUAUGGCCAUGAUGCAGUAUUGCAAUUAGAGAUUAAUUUAAAUACUUUAAGAGUAUCGAAACAGAAUGAUUUUCCUGUUGAUGAUUAUUGGAAUGCAAUGUUUGAUGAGUUGAAUGAAUUGGAUUCAGAACAAAUUUUGGCAAUUGAAAAUGUAAUUCGACAAAAAGAAAGUAUUGCUCGAAGUUAUAAUCGUCGAAUCAAAGAAAAAUAUUUUAAGAUAGGAGAAUUAGUUUUGAAAGUUGUUUUACCUAUGGAAAAGAAAUCGAUAUUUCUGGGUAAGUGGUCCAUAGUUGGGAAGGUCCUUUUCAAGUGA